ACACAGGCAAAUUUUAUUUUAUCGAUAAACAUGUUGGUAACGAAAGUUUAGAGCGUGUUAUUUCUAAAAUUAUAUAAUGGCUGCGAAAGCAACUACGAUUAAAGAGGCGAUCAAAAGAUGGGAAGAUAAGACAGGGCAGCAAGCUGCAACGGCUACCGAAGUUAGUUUAAUCUUCCAGUGGCCCCCGAUAGAAAAAAUGGACAAUACUCUCGCUACACUCACCAACUGCGAAAAGUUGAGCCUUUCCACAAAUAUGUUGGAAAAGGUAUCCAAUUUGAACAGUUUGAAGAAACUUCGCAUUUUAUCACUCGGAAGGAAUUAUAUUAAAUCUUUUGCCGGGAUGGAAGCAGUAGGGGAUACUUUAGAAGAACUGUGGAUCUCAUACAACAUGAUCGAGAAGUUGAAAGGAAUUAACGUGCUUAAGAACCUGAAAGUGUUAUACAUGAGUAACAACUUGGUAAAAGAAUGGAGCGAAUUCAAUAAAUUACAGGAGUUACCAUUGCUAGAAGAUUUGCUGUUCGUUGGCAAUCCUCUAUACGAUGGCUGUGAACUGGAGGCAUGGCGUUCCGAGGCCGCCAGACGGCUCCCCAACCUGAAGAAACUUGAUGGGGAGACUGUGCUGAGGGAAGAUGACCCACCUCUGACCGUCGCUGAUAUGCAGCCGGACAGUGGCGAUGCAGUUGAAACAUUGGUCAGCGCGGAAACUAACGAUUAAUAAAAUAGAAUAGAAAUUGGCUCCGAUUCCUGCAGACACCUCCUAAUUUUAUUUUAAGUUAUAUCCGUAAUUUUCUUCUCCGGUUGAUUGAGGGUAGGCCUGUGCCCAGCAGUGGGACGUAUAUAGGCUGUUUAUGUAUGUUAUGUAUGUAAUUUUCUUAACCGCCGAAAAGAAAAGAGACGGAUGAUUGACAACUGUUAAUUUUAAAUUGAAUAAAACCCACUUGACGUGUGUUGUCAACUUAAAUCUGUCGGGUUAUUGGCCAAUAUAAAAAUUUGGGAGGGCUUUCAAAAGACCUGCCUAAAAUUGAUGUGUGUUCCAUAAAUUUUCUGUCCCUUUCUGUUCGGCGGAUAAGAAAAUGACAGGUAUAACUUAAUACAAAAUUAGAUGAUGGUGCUAAUUCCUGUUAAUACCAUCUAAUUUUAUUUUAAGUUAUAUCUGUCAUUUUCUUAUCCGCCGAAAAGGAAAAGGACGGGUAAUCGACAAGCAUAAAAUUUAUGGAACACACGUCAAUUUUAAGCACAAAUCUAUAACAACCGUCUAAAAAUUUUACGUCAAACGGAUUGCAUACCAGCGACAUACCUUUUUGAUUCGCCAGGGUUAUUCAUUCAUUUAUUCAUUCUUCCUAAAAUUAAGAGCUGUGAAUCAUCCGUCCCUUUCCUUUUCGACGGAUAUGAAAAUGACGGAUAUAACUUAAAAUAAAAUUAGGCGGUGUCUGCAGGAAUCGGGGCCAUUGUAUUACUUAGGACUUGUUAAUU